CCUCGGCGACCGAAGCAAAGCACCGACUGAUUUCCCUCCCUCGAACAAUCGGCGUCUAGGAUUGCGGAUCGAAUCAAUUAAAAAAAUAUAUUCUUGCUGCCUGGUACACACCAAGAUGGCGUCUUAUGGCUUACUGGAUCAACCAGAAGAAGAUACCCUCCACAAGUCGCGCCUUUUGAACGUCGAAGAAAAGCCCUUUAAACGUGUCUCGAAACGCCUCCUACAUCCUGAAUCGCUCGUGGUUUCUAAUGCGACGCUCCCUCCCACACCUCCCCCCGAAGGAACCGAAGAAGAUGCCAGCGCGGCAACCGAGGCGGAGAGGCAGAAACGGCUGGGCGAAUGGCGUCAUUUCCGCGAGGACGUAGCGCUGGACUUUGCCGCCUUUGAAGGGAGCAUCGCACGCAUCCAGUUCCUGCUCACGAGCAAUGAGAAGGAGCGCGAGCGCUACGCCGCCGAAAAACUUCGCAUCCUCGGCACCAUGCAAUCCGUGCGCGAGAACACGGCAGACCUGCGCGUCCAGCUAGAAGAGGCACAACGUUUGCUGGCCUUGCGCAAAAGCUACGACGAGCUGGCCGAGCGAAUCACGAGCAACCGGCUCUUGAAGCCGCGGGAGGACCAGCAGGCUAAUCUGCAGAAGCUGCAGGCGGAGAUCACGGAUCUGGAAAAGGAGAGCAAGGACUACGCUACGACGUGGGCGGAGCGCAGGGAGCAGUUUGGCCGCAUCGUCGACGAGGGAAUGCAGCUGCGACGACUGAUUCGCGACGAGAAGGAGGAAGUGGAGCGCAGGGAGGGUAUGCAGGAGGACGAGGAGGGGGAUGACGCGGACGUCCCCUCCAAGGGCAAGUCCAGCGGUGCUAACACCCCGCGGCCUGACAACGAUAGCGUCACGCCCUCGCAACAGGGCCAGGAUGACACCGCACGCUCGCCUGCCGGUCUACAGGCCGAACGAUACGCCACGACAACCGGAGCGGCGUCGCCAUUGCGGCAAGUCACGACUGCCGGUGAUGAGAAGAAGCAGUCUUCUGAGAAAGAAGAUGCUACCAUGGUGGAUGAAGGCGAGGUCACUGCCGAUGAAGAUGGCGAUCGGCCGGAUGAGUUGGAGGAGGGGGAGGAGGUCCCGGAUGACCGUGGCGCCGACCGAAUGGACAUGACGUGAACGGUGACCGUCGGGAGCACUAUAACCAAUCCAUAGAGCAAGGAGUUAGGCUAAGCGGCGUUGACAUUCGGAGCGAGGGCAUCUUUGAAUUGACUCUUUUUGUUUUUCCGGGAGAAGGGAUUCGAAUAUUAUCUAUUUGAUUAUGGACUCAUGGCAGCGGAUUACAUUUUCAUGAAUUGAAACACUCUUUUUGCUGAGCCAUCAGCUCUUUCGACACCUUCUCACGCAAUCUCCCGCUCAGCAGUCCUGGCCUUGGCGAUGGCCUCCUUGGCCGCAUUGAUCAGCUCAACGUUGCUCUCGGGACCCUUCUGGCCCUCCUCGG